UGGCUGCCCCAUUUUGCCAGCAAACGUCCUCUGCCCUGUGAUGCGGCUGUGACGCAGUGGAACGUCCCCAUGGUGACGUUUGUGAAGGUCCCACUGUCCGCAGCACGGGUGCCAUUGCGCUUCCUGCUGCUGCUGGCAGGACAAGCCUUGUUGGCUGCGGGAACCGUCGUGGACAGGAAUUUCUGCCCAGGUGAAAAAUUCACCAUUCCAAUGGAGACACCUUCCUUAGAAACAUCGGGUGUUUCUCUUCCAAACACCCAGUCGGCAGUCUCGGCAUCUGCUGCCCACCGACUCCGUGGUAAAAGAGCAGCUGCGGAUGCUGCCCUUGGACCUCUCCAAGAGGAGAAGACUUCUCCAUUUUCUCCUGGGGAAGUCUGUGCCAAAAGAAGAUGCUGUGGUCCCUCUGAGAAAUGCUCCGGCAAAGCCCACGACAUGUCAUCCUGCUCCUUUCUCAACCAUCUCCGGAAAGUUGUUGAGAGUGAUGGCUUCCAGUCCAUUUGGUGGGGCGAUGACGGAGACUUCAUUGUGAUUGAGGAGCCAUUCUUCACAACAGAAGUACUGGCCAGAGGAGGAGUUUUUGAUGUUGGCAACAUGAAAGAUUUUGUUCGUCUCCUUCAUCACCAUGGCUUCUACAUCGUGGAUGCAGAUUUGCCAACAUCUGCCUCCCGUGCUCGGUUCCUAGCAGAGGGAGUAUCAAUCUCUACUCCUAGCGAGUUACUCUGCUACUAUCACCCCUAUUUCAAGAGAGAUCAUCUCCAGUGCCAGAGAAGAUUCAAGCGGAGUGUUGGUGCUAGAAGGAGAAGACCAGCUGCCUCCUCGCAGGCCCUGGCUUGGAAGGAGGGCCAGCAGAGCAGCAGCCUGCAGUCAGAGAUGCAGUCAGGCGCUGCUGCGUGGGCGGGCAGUGAGCUCCCUGUCAGCAGCUGCAGUGCCGCUCCUGCUGCUCCUGCUGCUGCAGAUCACAGCGCACGUCCAGUCCCAAGCGGUCCUUUUCCACCGGGGCUGGGACCCGAUAGCGGAGCUGCAGGUGAUGGAGUUGCACGUGUCUACAACUUGCGCUCCAGGAAGCACUGCAGACGGGAGUAGUGCCACGUAGAUAGUGUAGAGUCGUUUAAAAAAUAAAUGUUUGGAAUGCUUAUCCCUUGUCCCGUCCUGUUUCUUCAGUCUGACUGAAGGUUACUCUUCCUACGCCCAAAAGUGGGGGGUGC